AUGGACAGCCAGCAAGCUACCUUUUCCACGUUCACCUCCAAAGUAUCCCCUUGCGACAAGGCGAUACCCGAGAGUGCAUGGCAAGAAGAAGAAUCUCUUGAAGUGUACAGAAAGAAAAGGACACAAAGGCCACCAAGCGCUACACCUACCGAAAUCGUAAAAUGCAUCAAACGUCAACCAAAGGCAGGCGAGGAAAUCUACGAAAGUGUACAACCACGUCACGAUGGUCGACGUGAGCUUAUUCUCCUGGAACCAGUGCGAUUUGGUGAUGAACCUCCAGAAACCCUUUACGACGACUAUUCUUUAUAUAGAAUGGAGGAAUACGUUGAUGCCGGCACGGAGACUUGUGAGCAUGACAAGCAACCUGUAUACUAUGCUUUACAAAAAGUCGAGAAGGAAACACUUCCACCCGCACAAACAGGGAAAAUUGUUGAAGAAGAAGUCAUAUCCCCGGCGAAAGAGCUUGAUACAAUCACCUUAAGAGAAGCAGAGGAGCGAGAAUCGAUGGAAAGGAUAAGUGCAAAGCAAGAACUAAGAACGGCUCCACCACCAUCAGAAUCCACUGAACGUGGCCCAUACAUCUCUAGGAUUCCUAUUGGUGAUGGUAUAGAAGAGCGUUCUAUUACGCACAGUUCAGAAACGGAAAGGUAUGAAAGAAGUCACAUCACUGAAGAGCAGCGCUCUGUUGUUCGUGGCUCCGAAGCUGGAAGAUCAGCGAGACCAUGCUCUCGAUGUGCUGAGUUGUCCCCAGAAACAACUAGAGAGACCCCAAUCCUAGACCGCAUCAUGUAUUACGAAAGAGAAGUUGUGGAGGAUGGUAACUCAAGGGGCAGAGCUCAGGAUAGCCGUCGCGAUAGUCGUGCUUCUUCUCGUCAAGCAGCGGUUGUUGACGACGAAAUCGCAGACGCGAAUAGGAGAGUGGAUGGAGUAUUUCGAAGCUAUGAAACAUCUAAGGAAGCUCGCAAGCUGCCAACUGUACCGGAGGAAGAUUUUCAUGAAAAACAGAAUGAGAGACUUCCUGCCGAAGGAUACAAGGAAACGCGUAAAGAAGGUCCUCCACAAGAAGAGUACGUGGUCCCAAGGAUUCGAGCCCCCUCUAGAACAUCUAGUCGUUCUUCAACGGAAAGGACUCAGUUCUACGAGAAAAGUGUACAUGGUUCACCGUAUCGUCCCACAUCAACUACCCGUAGUGCAGCUAGUCCAUACUAUUGUCCUCACUGCAGAACAUGCUCAAGAGAACAGGAUAGAAUGUACACUCAUGAACCUCACACAGUUCGAGUUGUACCAAUCCAAAAGGAAAGAUAUCCUUUGAGAACACGUCAUGAUAACGGAAGAGAACCACUAAUGUACUCAGCACCUAUUCAUGAGACCAUCACCACCGAAAGAUUCGAGAGAAUUGAAAAAGUAAAACGCGUUUUUCCAGCAACUGCUGUGUGA